AUGGAUUCUCCAGCGAUCGCUAUGGAUUCCACCUUGUCGUGGUCCAGCCCUUACACCGGAGUGGUUCCAUGCUCCGUUCCCGCUCUCACGCCGCUGUCGAUGCCUCAUACGCCGCAUACUCCUCUACUAACAUCCACUAUGGCCUCCCCAAUCGAUAACACUCCUAUGCUUGGAUUCUACUCUCCAAACCUCAACUUGCACCGUCCGACCUCCAUGAAGCUUUAUCGAAGUCAUUCCGAAGGAACCGUGGGCAUGUCCUCCACUAUGGCUGUUCGCAAAAGCGCCCCCAAACCCCAGCGCCGAGAGACAAUCAAUGUCAGCGUGCCCAUUACCUACACCCCCGCUACUCAUCGCAUCAGCAAAGCGAAGAAGGGUGUUUACAAGGGCCGAACACAGACGGUAUAUCUCUCGUUCCCUUCUGACCGUCAUGAAUUGAACCAUAACCCCCAGGCAACGUUUAUCUGUACCAUCCACGGAUGUGGAAAGGGAUUCCACCGCUCUGAUCUACUCUCGCGUCAUAUGGAGAAGCACGAGCAAGAAUCGCGCCCUACUAAGCCAACCAUCGGCCACAAGAGGCGAAUCAGCCAAAUCUCCGACGCCUCUGACAUUGUCCCAAUGUCCUCUCCAUUACUCGCAGUCCCACAUUCUAUUCCAGCUUCCACUCCAAUCCUACCACCCGCCACCCCUGAACUCCAUUCUCUUCAAGCCGCACAGUCUCCAUUUGUGAACACUCAACUUCUCUCGCCGCCAUACUGGACCAGCUUUAGAAGAGCAUCCGACCCUGCUAUUGGCUACUCUAGCAUGUCCUAUGCCGGGGGUGAUGAGUCAAGCAUCUUUUCUUCACCAGAGUGUUCGCGAUCUCCUUCCUCGGACGGUAGCCACGGCAGCCACUUCCCAUUCAACACAUCACACAUCACUGGAAUCGGCAUCUUCCACGAGCCCAUGAUCGAUCCCACCCUUAUGGGAACUUCGUUGGCAUACGACCCGAACUUCAGCGGCUUUCAAGCCUUUGACUCUACAGCCAUCCAGCCCUCACCAUUAGUUACUCACCCAGCUGACGGUGAUAACACACGGACAUUCAACCAUGACAGACACUGGAUAACUCGAAACCCGCUAAGCCUAGCCGGUAGCCUCUUCAAAGACAAAUCCUUAGAUGCGAUUAAAACGGCGCAUAAAUUCUGGGUUGAGCACGAAACUAGACGUCGAGUCCUACAGGCGAUGUUUAUCCUCGAUGUUCACCAGUCCACCCUCUUCCAACAACCGUUAUCCUUCCUUAGCCCAAUUCCAGGGAAUUUACCCAUGCCAUGCGCUUCCGAAUCAUGGGAAUGUACCGAUCUUACCGCCUGGGCAGAAUACGCAAUGAAAGGCGAGAAAUCAACGACAAUUGCUUCAGCAUCUUUCUCCCUUGUGCCUGAUGCCGAUCUGUUUCAAUCAAGCCUUAUCAUGUCAUACGAGAUCCUCAGCCACGGCGAAGGAUCUAUGGAGAAUCUUCAGGCUAGACACCCGUGUCUCCACUUACUCCAUCACGGGCUCCUAGCAGCACAGCACAGCCCUCUCCAGGCUUUGGUAACAGUGAGCAAUGAAUCAUGGCUCUUCAACCGCAAAGUAACUGACGAGUCGCAAUUCAAAGCCGCAAAGAGGACUCUAAAAGCUUGGGUCACCGAUACCGACGCUAUGAAGUUGGCAGUAUGGCAUGCAGUGCGAGUCCUCCAGUGCGCACUGGACGCCCAGGGAGUAGCACACAAACCACCACCUGUGGCACCAUCGCCAUUCAUGACACAGCAGGUCGAGAGCUUGCAGCUCCCUACUGUUAAUGCCUUUGUCAAUGAUGGUGUCACCCCGCUCAGUCCCGUCCAUACCAUCCCCAGAUCUCCUCUCCGAACCAUACCAGGUCCAUUUACAAUGCUCCAAACAAAUUGGGCGGUCUACAUCUCUACUCUUAUCUGUUGGGCAUAUGGUUUUGGCACCCCAGAAAUUCCAGCAAGUGACCAAACCCUAACAUACCGAUAUCCAACACCCGCAAACCUGUACAUCUCGACACUCCUAUCUCUGGCCCCGUCAUGGCCAGAUCUUACAAAUGACAAUAUCCCAACACAUGUACGACGAAACACCAGUGGGUUACUUCAACAUGUUCGUCAGUUGAUUAUACGAGAAGGGCCAGCCGGUGGCCUUUUGAAUGAAAGUGAACGAGUUCUUGCUCGCCUUAUAGAGCCUUCUUUCCCACAUCAUCGGAAGAUGUGGGAGUUUUGA